AUGGGGCUCGUCGAUGGGGCAUCGGGGCCGUUGGCGCGCGAGCGGGAGGAGGCUGAGCGGAGGAAGCAGGUCGAGGAGCAGGCGGUGCCGGCCGUCAGCAUCACCAAGGCCAAGAUCCUCGAGGAGGUCAAGGCCAAGGAGGCGGACCAGAAGCCCGUCCUGUCGCUCGUCGUCGUCGGUCACGUCGACGCGGGCAAGUCGACGCUCAUGGGCCGGGUCCUGCACGAGCUCGGCGAGACGAGCGACAAGGAGAUCUUCAACUACCAGCGCCAGAGCGAGAAGAUCGGCAAGGGCAGCUUCGCCUACGCGUGGACGUUCGACGCCAUGGAGGAGGAACGCGAGCGAGGCGUCACCAUCGACGUCGCCAUCGACUCGUUCGAGACGACCCGCCGCCGGUUCACGCUCAUCGACGCGCCCGGCCACCGCGACUUUAUCCCCAACAUGAUCUCGGGCGCCGCUCAAGCCGACGCCGCCGUACUCGUCGUCGACGGCUCGAACGGCGGGUUCGAGAAGGGCUUCGAGGGAGGAGGGCAGACGCGCGAGCACGCCGUCCUCGUUCGGAGCUUGGGCGUCCAGCAGCUCAUCGUCGCCGUCAACAAGCUCGACACGGUCGGCUGGUCGCAGAAGCGGUUCGAGGCCAUUCGCGAGUCGCUGCAGCCCUUCCUCACCCAAACGGGCUUCAACCCGGCCAAGGUCGCCUACGUCCCUGUCAGCGCCAUGUCGGGCGAGAACCUGACGCGCCGCACGAGCGAGGUGCUCGAGUCGUGGUUUGAGGGUCGGUCGCUCGUCGAGGAGCUCGACUCGCUCGACGUCCCUCAACGCGCCCUCGAGGCCCCGCUCCGCAUUCCCGUCUCGAACGUCUUCAAGGGCCAGUCGGCGACCGCGUCGGGCCUCGCCAUCUCGGGCCGCAUUGAGAGCGGCAUCGUCCAGGUCGGCGAGAAGCUCGCGGCGCUCCCUGGCGACGAGACGGGCGUCGUGCGCGCGCUCGAGGUCGAGGGCGAGCUCGUGCCGUACGCGCUCGCCGGCUCGAACGUGACGGUCUACCUCUCGGCCAUCGAGGCGAAUCAGCUCAGCGUCGGCUCGGUCCUGUGCCCGCCCUCUCAACCAGUGCCCGUCGCGUCGUCGUUCCUCGCGCAAAUCAUCGUGUUCGAGCCGCAGUACCCGAUCACGGCCGGCUACGCCGUCGAGCUGUUCCACCACAGCCGCGACAUCCCGGCGACCAUCGUCGCGCUCGAGGCCCUCCUCGACAAGACGACUGGCCAGGUCACGCGGUCCAACCCUCGCAUGCUCACGAAGAACACGUCGGCGCGGAUCCGGGUCCAGCUGCGACAAGCCGCGAGCGCAGGCCGCACGAGCGGGAUCCCGCUCGAGCCGUUCUCGGUCAACAAGAGCAUGGGCAGGGUCCUGUUCCGCCGAGGAGGAGAGACGGUCGCUGCCGGGAUCGUGCUCGAGGUUCUGCAAUGA